GUGCUUGAGCACUAUCAUUAUGCUCGCGCAUUCUCACAAUCAUGCUGCAUGCUGCAUGCAGUAAUCCACUAAUCUAGUAAUGCUCAGAUGAUGAUAAAGGACAUAGGAUAGACGACGACGACGACGACGACAACAGUUGAGAAAAUCCGAGAGCCUGGGAACAGCCGGGAAAGGGCCGAGUGCGAUAACUGCCAGUAUACGAUAUGUCGGAGUCGGAAGUGAAAUGGGAUUGAACGAGUCAUAUAAUAAAGUAUAAUUACUGUUACACUUGACGGUCCAAAAGUAUAUACUAUUGCAGGUACGUGGUUUAAUUGACGGGCGUCUUAUAAAGCGUACUUCAGGCGUGUCUUCGAAACCAAUCGUACAAAUUUCUAAUACUCGCAGGCAUCUCUUGUCGCAACGUGGCCAUGUUCCAUUCUUGAUCGAGUAUCCACGGCACGAAAUAUCAAUAUAUCCUACACCUACAGAUUAUUAUAUUAAUUUUAAAAUCUACUACUUUUUUCUUUUCUCUAUUUAAUUCUUGACGUUUUAUUAUUUGAAAUAUAUAAUAAUUAAAUUAUCUUGACCAGCAGCGUGUAAUUAACAAUCGCAACAAGGUAAUAUUUUAUUUUCUGAAAGAAAGCUAUAAUCCAACUAUACAUUUCUAUUCGCUUCAUCUUGCCUUGAUCUAGGUGUAUAUAUAUGUAUAGUCUCGAAAUUAAUUUCAGUCGGUUUGUUAUUGCAAUUAAAAUUGCAAAAAAUGCAAAAGCGAUCCCGCGAUAGCGUCUGCAAUGAAUACGCUUUUUUGUAGACGGCGGUCCAGCAGCAGCAGCAGCAGUAAUAGCAACAGCAACAACAAGCAGCAGCAGUGGCGGCGGCGGCGACGACGAUGACGACAACGACGACGACGACAGCGGCGGCGUUGGCGACAGGGGAUCACAGGAUCGCGUUCGAUAUAUCGGUUUAAUCACAAUUGUGGACAUAUCCCCUUUUCUCCACACGUCGAACAAGACGAGAGAAUACACGUGCGUGUGGAGCAGCGACGCACGAGGGGCGACGUCGACGUAAAGCGGGCGAUUGGCGGAGCGAUGUAGCACAAAGGCAACAUGUUCCUGUUGCUGUCAGUGAACGAACGGAGAUUGCUGCAGUAGCCGACCAUUCUGAGAGAAUCUUCAUCCUAUCGAUAUAAGCACGUCCCACUUUUUUUCCAAGUAAACAUCCCCGCGGAUCAUGAAGUGGCUCUCCGUCAGCAAGACAUUCACGUGGACGUUCUGCCUGUCCACCAUUUUAUUCCUGCCAGCGAGAACAAAUGCUCUGGAGGAGAAUUGUACGGAUUUUCAGGGUGGCACCGUCAAACACGGCCUCUUCUACGUGCCAGGACCUGCGGUUUGCAGUCUCUGCGUCUGCUAUCAUUCCGAGCCAUUGUGGUGUCAAGCCAUUUACUGUACGCCACCAUACAAAUGCAAAAAGUUCCGCGUGGGUGAACGCUGCUGCGAGUUCGAGUGUCUUGACGAUAGCGACGAUUGGAGUGGCCCAGACGUAUACGACGCUGCAGGAUCGUCCAAGAUCCACAAGCAGAGUCCCGUCCUGUGCCUGUUUGGCCUGUUGAUCGCGUUAUCGAUGGUGCCUUAGUUACGAUCAGACGAGAUCCGCCAUCAGUCGUCAUCGCCAUUAUAGACCUUUCCCUCGUCGGAUAAUUCGAAGAAUUCAUCCGUUAGUGAUAUUGGUGACGACGAUGAUGAUGACAACAUCAGAAUUAUACGUACAAGAAAUCCUCGAGGCAGGUUUGUCUCGUACUGUGAGCACGCAGUAUUUUGGCGAACGGCAAUGUUCUUUGCCUAUAGGAUAAUUAGGUCGUCCAUUUGGAAUAGCGCGAGCUCUGAUUAACCGAGAACUGGAGUUUUCUCCAGUAGACCGGUACAGUUAAAUUGUUAAAUCGAAGAUCAAUCGAGUCACUUUUUGAAUAAUUGUGAAAAAUUGAGAAAACAAUAUUUAUUUUACAUUAAUAAUAAAUAACGGGAUUCGUAAACGUACGUGUUUCGACGAUAGUUUCAAUAGUAGUUAUUGUUAUUGUACAUACCAAAUUAAGAAGAUGUAUAUUUUUUUCAUAACUUUGCUAAGAGAGCAUUUAUAAGCACUUGUGAAUUUGGUCAGGUUUGGAGCGCGCGUGCGCAUACAAACACACAAAGAAACAAAAAAACACUCAUACACAACGCGUGAACAAGUCUUUUUUAUUUUCUCAAUUUUCCGAUUUCUUUUGAAACCGGGUUUCCUCAUAUUUUUCCACCUUGUCAAAUUCGAUAUAAUAACACUUGUCAGACGGCACGCAAACUCGAUAUCGAGUUAAAACCUACUCAUAUUCGAAUGUGAAGGAAUGACGUGAGAGUAGCUCUUGGCCUAAUCCGAACACUCAGAUGUCAGCCACUGUCAUGUACGAGGUGUACUUGAUCUCGUUUCGAAAUAAAAUUCAACAUUUUGUUGUUCAGGAAACACAUGCGCAAUAAUGUACAUAAAAUAAUCGUUAGAAAAUUGAUUCGAUGCUCAAUUCUCGAUCAGCUUUCUCGGCUUAACCGGUACCAAUUCUCGAGAAUGAUCGUAAUAGAUAUAUAAUAAGGGACAUCGUAAAAUAAUGAAUGUAAAAAUUGGCGAAAAUCUCUAGCAUUUAUAUAUGAUCAUCGCCUUUGACAAUACUCGCGCUCGAUGGACGACCGAAGGAGACUGAAAAUAAUAGAGACUUGGCGCGCACAAGCGUGUGCGUGCGUGGUAAAUCAAAAUUUUUAUUUUUUUAUUGUCGCAAAACGAAGUGUGAUAAAGUGCGCAGAAACACAAGUCUCUUGUCAACGAACAUUGGGAGCUGAGAUAUUCCGUCGAGUGCGCGAUAUCCUCUUUGUUUGAAAGAGAGAGACUCGUUUCAAUCUCCAAUUCAAUCGAUUUUACCGUUCAUUCGUUUUGCUUUACAUCGGGUUUGUCGGUAAACAAGCCUUUCUGUUGGUUUCUGUCAAAAAGGCAUCUCGCUCUGUUUCCACGAUUAAAAUUCAUUAAAAUGAUAAACUCGGGCGGAGCUCAUGCGAUGAAUCAACGUCCAUCGAUUUAUCGUUUCAGUUUUACUUCAUUUGCUUGUCAUUCUGUUUAUCUUUGGCAAAAAAUUCCUUUUCGUCGAUAAUCACCGCGAUGUUUGUUCCGCGUGUGCGAGAAAAAACUUUUCUUUAUUACGAAAAAUUCAACAAAUUACUCGAGUCAAGCGGUUUUACUUUGUCAAGUCUAAUGACAAAGUGUUUGCUCGCGUAUGGCUGCAAGAUUUUAUUACAAUUUCAUAUAAAUCGAUCUUAUACGAAAGGUAACGUACACGUAUUAAAGAGAUAAAAGGUAUUAUUUAUGCAAAUAUUAGUUAUGAUUAGUACUCGGGUGUGAAAAGACACAAAAUGCAUGAAAAGUUUGAGGAAAAACACACUAAUACACUUAUUUUGUGUGUAAAAGUUCUUGUCUAUUAUUUUUUUUAUUAUACGCAUUUAAUAUUUUUCUAUUUCGAAAUAUAAAUUUCAAUAGAAACGAAUAAUAUCGGUAUGCAACUUGACGAUGAAAGUUUAGAUGUUUCGUAUCCCGAUAAUGUACUCUUCCGCUCGCUUCCACAUUACAAAACAUUUUGAUUAUUCUCGUUCCAAUUAACACUCGACCACCAAUUAACUAUUAUUCGCACGACAUUUCAAAGCGGCGAUAAUUAUAAUAAGCGCCUGGAUUUUCAUGCGAUAACAAGCCGGUUAAUUAUAAUUGCUGUGGAAUUGCGAUACUGCGCCAUUAAUUGUUAAUCGAUAUAUAUAUGUAAGCUGAAGCAUAAAUUAUUUACGCGAACAAGUUUAAUAUCCUGAAAGUAUCUGACAAUUGCGGAUUAGUGAUCGAUGCGAAUGCGACUUUGGAGCCUUGCCAUAUUACAGAAAAUUCUCUUAUUUUAUAACGCUUACUUACUGGAAACAAUCAAA